AUGGCCAGAGUUACCACCCGCUCAAAACGUCUCAGGAAUGACGAAGAUGAGGUUCGAGAUCGGCAUGAUGAGAGAAAAAUUUUGCACGAUUACUAUGCUCGUUCGGAGCAAGGCAGAGAUGGAAGAGGGUCCGCUGGAACCCAAAGGAAAAGAAUAAGAUCUAAAGUUGAUAUUCCAGAGGAUCAGGACUAUGAGCAGGAGGACAGUUCCUAUGAUGGAGACGUAAGCGCAAUAACGGAUGCUCGCCUUUGCAGGAUGAUCGAGAAAUCACUGGCUGGUGGAGCAAUAAAGUGGUUCAAUCAGCUCCCGGCAAAGUCGAUUGGUACUUACCAAAAUCUAAUUGGAGAAUUCUGCUCUCACUACAAGUACAACAGACGUAAUCGGAAGAGAUUCCAUGCAUUGUUCCUUCUAGGAAUUCGGAAGGAGGAAAGCAUCAUACAGUUUACUCGACGCUUCAAGCAAGAGUUGGACGAUGUGGAUGGUGCCAAGGAUCAAGUCGUCAUCGAAGCUUACAAACAGGCAUACCAGUAUGAUCAAAAGGGUGUGUACGGUUCCUUGCUCAAGAAAACACCAAAAACUCUGGAAGAAAUGUAUGAUCGAGCAGAAGAAUACGCUCGAGUGGAGGAUGAUUCUAAAUCUCGAGUGACGAGAGAAGUUAACAGAUCAUCCAAUCAUCCAAAUGAUGGGAAGAAAGACAAGUCAAAGAACCGUUCGAGUGGACAGCACAACAAUCGAGGUGAAGUUCGAGAGAAAAAUCAAGGGGAACGAAUGAAAACUGGAUAUAAGAAAUAUCAUGAUAUGAAGCUGACACCAUUGAACAUACGGCUUACAGAGUUAAUUUUCUCUUAUCACGUUUAUCACGUGCCUUUGCCAGCAGAGACACGUGAUAAACGUGAUAAAAGCAAAUGCUGCAAUUAUCAUAAAGAUCAUGGUCACAAGACUGAGAAUUGUCAUUAUUUAAAGAUCGAAGUCCAGCGAAUGAUAGACGCUGGAAAGCUACAAGAGUACAUGAAAAAGGAUUUUGGGAAUGGUUCAGGACAAUUUGGCACAACACAUGUGAUUAGUGUUAGUCAUGCCAUGAUCCAUCCAAUGACCAGACGGGCAUCAAAAGAUGAGACUAAGAGAAAGCUCAGGCAACUGAAGGAAUGGAACGUGACAAAUCACAUCGAUUUUGUCAGUGGAAAUGGAGCAGAAAUUCUGAAUCUUGGAUGCACAAAGAUCGAGUUUUCUGAAGAAGACAUGAUAGGUGUAUAUGCUCCCCAUAAUGAUGUUAUUGUUAUAACAUCUUGA